UUUCUUUCUUCUGUGGCCGCAAAUGCUGCCUCAAAUUUCAUGGAUCACAUUCAAAUCCUAUGAAAAUUACCAUUUUUUUUCCUGAAAAACUCUAUGAAAAAAAAGGAAAAUCUUUUCCCUGUCACGCCCCCAAAAGGCCCAAACCACACCAAUGCUCAUCACAGUUCCUCCCCAUUCCAUUUCAGUAACUGGGAUAAUCACACCCCAGUUUCAUACAUACAAACACUUGUCAAACACUCUGCAGCCAUCUGAUCAACUUUCCUUGCAUAAUGGACCAUAAAGUUCAUCCUUUUCUGCUUAGCUUGCUGGUUUAACAUGGUGUGGAUGGAAGGAUGAGUGGGACAUCUGUUCUUUGCCAAUCCCAUCUUCUGUCACUUCCAAAUAAUCCACCCCAAAACUCUGAAUUGAAUGCAAAGUUCAAUGAGCAGGGAUGGUUGUCUUUGCUCAAGAGAUGCAAGAGCAUGGAAGAAUUCAAGCAAGUUCAUGCCCAAAUUCUAAAAUUGGGCCUUUUCUGGGAUUCUUUCUGUGGCAGCAAUCUUGUUGCCACUUGUGCUCUAUCCAGAUGGGGCAGCAUGGAGUACGCUUGCUCAAUCUUCAGGCAAAUUGAGGAACCUGGUAGCUUUGAGUACAAUACCAUGAUCAGAGGAAAUGUCAAUAACUUGAAUCUAGAAAAAGCUCUGUUGCUGUAUGUUGAAAUGCUUGAAAAAGGAAUUGAACAUGACAACUUCACCUACCCGUUUGUACUCAAAGCAUGUUCUCUAUUAGGUGUUCUCAAGGAGGGAGUGCAAGUCCAUGGUCAGGUUUUCAAGGCAGGUCUCGAGGAUGAUACCUAUGUGCAAAAUGGCUUGAUCAGCAUGUACGGGAAGUGUGGGGAAAUAAAGCAUGCUUGUGACGUGUUUGAGCAAAUGGAUGAAAGGAGUGUGGCUUCAUGGAGUUCCAUCAUUGGUGCACACGCUAGUGUGGAAUUGUGGCAAGAUUGCUUGAUGCUUCUUGGGGACAUGAGCAAUGAGGGACGCCACAGGGCUGAAGAGAGCAUUCUAGUUAGUGCACUUUCUGCUUGCACUCAUUUGGGGUCUCCUGAUAUUGGAAGGUGCAUACAUGGGAUCUUGCUGAGGAACAUUAGUGAGCUCAAUGUUGUUGUCAAGACUUCACUAAUUGAUAUGUAUAUAAAAUGUGGCAACCUUGACAAAGGGCUUUGUGUGUUCCAAAAUAUGGCUGUGAAGAACAGAUACUCUUACACUGUCAUGAUCUCAGGGCUUGCCUUUCACGGGCGUGGAAGGGAAGCUCUGAGAGUUUUCUGUGAAAUGGUGGAAGAAGGUUUGGCACCUGAUGAUGUUGUUUAUGUGGGUGUAUUAAGUGCUUGCAGUCAUGCUGGUCUUGUCAACGAGGGUCUUCAGUGUUUCAACCGCAUGCAAUUUGUGCAUAAGAUCAAACCAACAAUUCAGCACUAUGGUUGCAUGGUGGAUCUUAUGGGGAGAGCAGGGAUGCUGAAGGAAGCCUAUGAGCUCAUAAAAGGCAUGCAAAUUAAGCAUAAUGAUGUGGUUUGGAGGAGCCUUCUCAGUGCUUGUAAGGUUCAUCUUAACUUAGAAAUAGGGGAGAUAGCAGCUGAGAAUAUUUUCAAGUUGAAUCAACACAACCCUGGUGACUAUUUGGUGCUAGCAAGUAUGUAUGCAAGGGCUCAAAAAUGGACUGAUGUAGCCAGGAUCAGAACAGAAAUGGCUGAAAAACAUUUGGUGCAAACACCCGGGUUUAGUUUGGUUGAAGCAAAUAGGAAGGUUCACAAGUUUGUGUCACAGGACAAGUCUCAACCAGAAUGUGACACGAUCUAUGAAAUGAUUCACCAAAUGGAAUGGCAGUUGAAAUUUGAAGGCUAUGCACCAGACACCUCACAUGUGUUGCUUGAUGUAGAUGAAGAAGAAAAGAGAGAGAGACUGAAACAUCAUAGUCAGAAGUUGGCAAUUGCUUUUGCACUAAUACAGACAUCUGAAGGAUCUCCAAUAAGAAUAUCAAGAAAUCUUAGGAUGUGUAGUGACUGUCAUACUUACACUAAGUUCAUUUCCAUGAUCUAUGAACGGGAAAUUUCUGUAAGAGACCGUAAUCGCUUCCACCAUUUUAAAGAUGGAACUUGUUCAUGUAAAGAUUAUUGGUAAAUUUCAUUACAUUUAUGCAUAAAGGGUUCUUAUAGGGCUAGUAUUUUUU